GUGAGGGAGACUCUGACUGAAAAAAGUCAGCAGCAGCCAGGCAGUGGAGAGAGACAUCCGAAGAUAAAAAUAAAAAGCUGAGUGUGGAAGACAAGUGAAGUGGGAGCUUCACAGACAGAGGUGGAAAGCUUGUUAAGAGCAAGAUCAGAGCCAUCUAGAGGAUGAAGUGUGUUGCUGUUGUUGUGUUGCUGAGUCUUCUCUCGCGGGGACGCUCUGCUCCUCUGAGCAGCUGUGAGAGUCUGAUCAAACCAAUAACAAUCAGCAAAGACGAGAUGUUGGGGAAAUGGCUGUACAUCGGGGGGAGCUCUAACCUCCCAGGAAGCCGCUCCCUGGGCCAUCUCAUGACCAGCGUCUGGCUGGAUGUCACUGCAACCGCCGAGAGCAACAUCCUCAGUCUCUUCCAGACUCACAGAAUACAUGGCAAGUGUUCCAGCCUGAUAUACAAUGUGACAUUUGAAAACAACGCAAUGGUAAUUGAGCAACCUUUCUACCUCAAGGAAGUCUACCUGCCGACUGACUGCGCCGACUGUCUGGUCGCCCACGAAGAAAUUACCUCCGGCGAAGACACGUUCACCAGUGUGAUGCUUUUCAGCAAAACAAACAAUGUCUCGCCUGCCGCACUGGAGAUGUUCAGGAACCAAGUAGAAUGUUUUCAGAUGCCGUCGGCCAUCAUGAUGAACCCAAAUGCUGAAAUCUGCCCGGACGACAUCUCGCCCUCCGAGGGGCUCAGUGCUCUCAACUCCCUGUUCGAAGCCAAGAUGGGACAUCGAGUAGCAAGAAUCCUGGACAGUCUUUUUGAUAUGUUUGUGAACUGAUUUAUUAUUAGAUUUCAAUUCUCGCCCUAGGUAAUUUUGUAUGAGAAAGAACGUUUUCCUCCUGAUGGACAUUUGAAACAAAAAUAAAAAGUUAAGAUGGAGGAACUGACUAGCUUUCUUAAUCUUGUAAUUAGUGUCAUCAUUAUUUUUUCGGGGGGUUUGAUAUCUCACUUUAUGUGGCCUACACCUUAUUCUUUUUCAAUUUCAAAAACAGCUCUGAAUAACAUACUGUAUAUGGACAAUCUGUUGUUAGACCUUUGACAAAAAACGAAGAGAAAUAAAGUAGCCAUAGUCGACAGCAACAGGCAGUAAACCACCUGAUAAUUGAAGUGAAACUACUGGCGAAUACAAAACAAUAAGGAGAAAACUAAAACUAGUUAACCUGUUCUUAUUCUUGGGAGUGUAUGUAGAAUUAUACUAAAACACCUCUCCCUGUUUAGUCCGAAUUAAAAAAAGCAAAAGCUAUAAGGUUAUAAGCUGGUACAUUUUGUUUUUAAUGACACAGUUUGGGGGUUUAAGUUUGCUUGUUAUGUUGUGAUUGGUAGGACUGUUUGUUUUUCUACAUGCACUUUUGGACAAACGUGUCUGCUUAAUGACUGUCAAAUUGUUAGUUUUUUUUUUUUUAAAUGCCAAUGCAGAAUGUAAUACUUACGCUGUCAUGUUGUUAACUGAAUACAUGAGACAUGGUAAAUUAACAACAAUCAAAAAAAGUCAACAAUGACUAGAUUUGUGUUUCUGUACAUUCUUAACUUUAUUAUUAUUAUUUUUUUUUAUCUUUUUUGCCCACUUAGCAGACCAUAUCAACACGUCUGCCAUUUUUCACUUUUUUCUGUGUUUUUUCUGUUUUUUCUUUUAAAUAUAUACAUUUUUGUUUGCACACAUCCUGUCCUGCCAGUAGAUAUUGAUUAAAUUAAAAUGCCUUAUGCCUUAUGCUGUUUCAAUCAUUGUGCCAAUGAGCAAACAUGCACAACCUUCAUUUCCCCUCACAGUUAUCACAAAUGGUUGCACAAACGCCCUUAAAGGUGCUCUAUGUAACAAUCUCCAGUAUCUUACAUGUAUUAAUCACAUUUUUACUAGCCAUAUGUGAGCGGAUUGUAAAGUGAUGUAAAAUAUGGGACCUUCUCUGUCUCACUUGGUUGCCUAAACAAUCCUGC